AUGGAGCCAACAGAAGAGACCAAGCAAGAGAGCCAUGAACUGCUCUGCCGUUCAGGAACUUCUCUCCUUGCUGUUCGUGGUCUUCCUCGCCAAGAACAGAUUGCUUAUGCUUCACCCUGCACUAUGGCCCUCUACUCGCCAUCUGGAUCCAAACUUGCAUGUGCGACUGAGGAUCAAGGUCUUUCAGUGCUCAAUGCUCAGACUCAUACAGUGAUUAUGACGACUCCCAACACAGGAAUCCAGCUUCUGCACUUUUCCCAAUGUGAAAGAUACCUUGUCACUUGGGAAAAACAGGUUGAAAACAAUCCCAACCUUUUUGUGUGGAAUUUGGCUACCGGGCAAGCGAUCUAUUCUUUCUCGCAAAAGAAAUCUCUUAAAGAGCUUUGGCCGACAGUGGUUUUUACUCCAAACUGUGACUAUUUUUUGAGGAGAAACAACCAAGAGCUCCAGCUUUACCAGAUCCCUGAGCCUCAGCCUAUAGCUGUUUUAUCAGAAACUCGAGCUGCUCAUUUCUCAGUCAGUCCUGUGAAUCCUACCAGAGUAGUUGUCUAUACCAAUGAGCAGCGAGGCGAAACAGCAUCAGUCUCCUUAUUUACCCUUUCUGGAUCAGUAUUUAGAAAGCUUAACCAGACACCUAUCACAAAGGUACAAGACACCACUUUCCAUUGGAACAAAUUUGGGAAUAAAGCUAUAGCAUGGUGCCAAACAGACGUAGAUUCCACUGGACGAAGCUAUUAUGGCGAGCAUUCUCUAUUCAUUAUAUACCCUGACAAAGAAGCCAGAAGUGUCAGCACUACUGAAGGUCCAAUUCAUGACGUAAAAUGGUCACCAGCCACUGAUGAAUUUAUAGUAAUCAGUGGUUUUAUGCCAGCGACCUCCACACUUUUCAAAGGCUCAGGAGGCAAAGUAAAAGAACUCGCCAAGCACCACAGGAACACCAUCAGAUGGAACUCGUUUGGAAGCUUGUUUUUAAUCGCUGGGUUUGGGAAUUUGCAAGGAGACAUUGAAGUUUAUGAGAGAAACACUUUGACAGUUGUAGGAACUUGCAGAGCAGCUACAACUGUGUAUUGUGAAUGGGCCCCAUGCGGAAGAAUGUUUGUGGCAGCGACUUUAUGCCCAAGAAUGAGGGUGGAUAAUGGAUACUCGAUCUAUAAGUACACCGGAGAACAAUUGAUCACAGUCAAUGCACAGAAUGAUUUGUAUGAUGUACAAUGGAGAAAUUGUCCUGGGGCUUUUCAAGAUAGACCUUUGACACCGAGGAAAAGAGAAGCAGCACCUGAGAAAAAAGUAUAUAAGCCUCCUGGAUCGUCGUCGAACUUUGCGGAGAGAUUUAAAGCUGUGAAAGACUCACUUGGGCACACUGCACCUGUAAAUAUUGGGAAGUCUCAAUCUCAGCCUGCUUUUGUUCAUCAAAAGCCGCAGCCGGUGGUAGAAGAGCUGGUUCCUGGGCAAGCACCUGAGGCUGCGAAGAAGAAAAAGAAGAAAAAGAAAAAGAAAGGCCCAGAAGCAGCUCAAAACUUACCCAAAUAA